AUGGCCAUCAGAUCCAAGCUCUUAGGGUUUGUGCUCACUGUUCUGCUCAUUCUCGACUUGGCCGUCGUUGCUAUGUCGAUGACGCGCGAAUCAUCCUGUCACCGUGAGGCCGGUUGUGAAAAAGGAUUUGGUGGAGAAGAAGGAGGGGGAGGGGGAGGGGGUGGAGGCGGAGGUGGUGGAAGCAGCAAAGGUGGUGGAGGCGGCGGGGGAGGUGGAGGAGGAGGAGGAGGAUGGGGAGCAGUAGGUGGUGGCGGUGGCGGCGGAGGUGGAGGAGGAGGAGGAGAAAGAAUCAGCGAGUCUGGAUUCAGAGUUUACAAUGCAGAAGGAAGAGGUGAUGACGGUGGUAAUAAGAAAGUGAAGGGCGAAAAAGAUACGAAAACAAUGGAGGUUAUGAGUAAGAAGUGA